ACCAACACUUGUUAAACAAGUUUCUCUUUAAUUACCCUCUGCUAUUGCACCCAACCCUUAAAAUCCCAGGUAUCAUUGUGGUUAGCACAUUUACGCGAGAACCACUGGUCAGGACAAAGAAGUGCAGAAGUUUCCUUUAUUGCUUUCGACAUCAACAGCCAAUAUAUCGGCACAUUAUGUAUAGACCAGUCACAACUUCCCGUACAUCUUUGCCACUAUGGAUAAUUGUCCUCAUUGUGUUUGGAGUGUUGGCAAUCCUGGGAAUAAUUAUUGGUCUCCUGGUUCAUUUUCUGGUAGUAGAAAACAGAGUCUACUACUACCAAGGUAACUUUAAGGUUUUGAAUAUCCCACAUAAUAGAAAUUAUGAAAAAGAGACAUCAUCAGAAAAUAACUAUCUUAGCACAAUUCUUGAGACUAAGAUGACUGAUGCAUUUCAGAGUUCUGACAUUUACAAACAAUAUCUCAAUUCUCAAGUUAUCACACUGGUUCCUGAUAGAAACAGCGUGACAGCACAUAUAUUGCUGAUGUUCAAGGCUUCCAGAUCAACGAAGGAAAACACAAAAAGAAGAAUUGAAAGCAUCUUACGGCAGAUGCUCAGUGACAAGUCAGGAUCCUUGACUACAGAUCCUAAUUCUCUUAGGCUUGUGGAAACCACUAAGGCUGAUACUGAAAGGAUUAUCAACAGCCGCUGUGGGAGACGAGCAAGAAUAUCAGCUACAUAUGAUAGAGUCAAGGGAGGUUCCAAUGUUCGGGAAGGAGAGUGGCCCUGGCAAGCAAGUCUCAAAGUCAAUGGCCGACACUACUGUGGGGCAUCUUUGAUCAGUGACAGAUACCUGGUGACUGCAGCUCACUGCUUUCAAAAGACACUCAAUCCACAAAACUAUACUAUCAGCUUUGGCACCAAAGUAACUCCCCCCUAUAUGCAACAUUAUGUUCAACAAAUUAUUAUUCAUGAAGACUACAUCCCAGGUGAACAUCAUGAUGACAUUGCAGUUGUCAUGCUCACUGAAAAAGUUUUAUUUAGGAAUGAUGUCCAUCGGGUUUGUCUUCCUGAAGCCACACAGGUGUUUCUACCUGGUGAAGGCGUUGUUGUUACAGGAUGGGGAGCACUUUCAUAUAAUGGUAAAUACCCAACAAUACUUCAGAAAGCACCUGUGAAGAUUAUCGACACAAACACUUGUAAUUCUAAGGAAGCAUACAAUGGUUUGGUGGAGGACACGAUGCUAUGCGCUGGGUACAUGGAAGGAAAUAUUGAUGCUUGCCAGGGUGAUUCCGGAGGACCACUGGUUUAUCCCAAUUCUCGACAUAUUUGGUACCUUGUUGGAGUAGUGAGCUGGGGUAUAGAAUGUGGUAAAAUCAACAAGCCAGGUGUCUAUAUGCGAGUGACCGCCUACCGCAACUGGAUUGCCUCCAAGACUGGUAUUUAAGAGAAAAGCAUCUUGUAGAAACUAUCUUAGGUCAUUUUAACCUAUUACUCCUAAGCCUUAUGUAACGUGCAUUUUCAAUUAGCUUAUACAAAGGUUGUUUAGAAAAAAGUAUGGUCCUGAGGGAGUAUUUAUGAACUUUAAGCAGACGCUACAAAAGAAGAAAUUACAUGUUUAGUCAAGGAAGGCCUAAGUUAAGAAAGCAAUCUUAUCAAAAACUGACAAUUACUAUUUGUUUUCUAUUUCAUGCACCCACAUUGUGAAAUACAGCUCUUGGUUUUAGGCAUUCAGACUUAGCAGAAUUAUGAAAGUAUGUUCUUGUCUAGUGCAAAUUGCCAGGCAAUACUCUGAGAGACUGGAACCAACACCUUCUGAGAGGUGGGUUGGAAUGUGCUCUAUCUGCUCGCAAGUCAUAGUUUUUGUGAAAGGGGUAUGAUUGUGAACUAAAUAUGGU